UUUUGAGAGAAUCUACAGAUCGAUAAAGCUCGUUUAUAAAAAUCAGGUCAACAACAGUUUGAGUCAACGUAUUGUCUAUUAUCGAAAAUGUCAGAAAAAAUGAAGUUUUCUGGAAAAGUGGUGUUAAUAACCGGUGCUAGUUCGGGAAUAGGAGCAGCUACUGCAAUCCAUUUUUCAAAACUCGGCGCUGAUUUGGUUUUAACCGGAAGAAAUAAAGAAAAUCUUCUUUUAGUGGCCGAUCAAUGUGUGGGACCAAAACCUUUUCUCAUCCAAACCGAUAUCACCAAAGAAACCGGCGUCAAAGAUAUUAUUUAUAAUACUAUCGAUCAUUUUGGAAAAUUAGAUAUUUUAAUUAACAACGCGGGAAUAAUCGAAUCCGGAGGCAUAGAAGAAACCAGCUUGGAACAGUAUGAUCGAAUUUUUACUGUAAAUGUUCGCUCAAUGUACCAAUUAACCAUGUUAGCGGUACCUCACAUCAUUAAAACACAAGGAAACAUCGUUAAUGUUUCCAGUGUAACUGGAAUGAGAGCUUUUCCAAAUUUAUUAAGUUAUUGUAUGUCCAAAGCUGCGGUUAAUCAAUUUACUGAGUGUGUAGCUUUAGAUUUAGCUUCAAAAGGAGUUCGCGUCAACGCUGUUAAUCCUGGAGUUAUAGUUACACAAUUACAUAAAAGAGGUGGAAUGACUGAGGAGCAAUAUCAAGAAUUUUUAAAUAGCUGUAAAAAAUCGCACGCUUUAGGUCGACCUGGAACUGUAGAUGAAGUUGCUAAGGCAAUAACUUUCAUUGCUAGUGAUGAUGCCACUUUUAUGACCGGAAAUAUUGUACCAGUUGAUGGUGGAAAACAUUCCAUGUGUCCAAGAUAAUUUUUUAAGAGAUAUUUUUGUAUUUAAAACUGAAAAAUAAAUUAAUUUUUAUUUGAA